GUCAAGGAGACCGAGCUGUACGAUGCGCUCGGCGUGGCGCCCGACGCGACGCCGGCGGCCAUCAAGAAGGCGUACUUCGUCAAGGCGCGGCAGUUGCACCCCGACAAGAACAUCGGCGACGCGGGCGCGCACGCGGCGUUCCAGCGCGUGGGCGAGGCGUACCAGGUGCUGUCGGACGAGGCGCUGCGUGCGAAGUACGACGACAAGGGGCGGCAGGGCCUCGAGGUCGAGCUGGUCGAUUCGGCGGCCUUCUUCGCGGCCAUGUUCGGCUCGGAGCCCUUCGAGUACCUCGUCGGCGAGCUCAAGCUGGCGGCCAUGUUCUCUCUGCACGAGGCCGAGGCCCUCGACGAGCGGUGGGUCGCGUACAAGCAGAAGCGGCGCGAGGUGCUGUGCGCCGUCACACUGCGCGGGCUGCUGCAGCAGUUCGUCGCCGGCGACACGGCGGAGUUCGAGGCGGAGAUGCACGACCACGCCGAGCGGCUCAAGCAGGCGCCGUUUGGCGAGGCGCUGCUGUGGACCGUCGGCUACGUGUACGAGCACAAGGGGCUGCAGGCGCUGGGUGGGAUCGACGCGGCGCUCAACAGCCUCGACACAAAGGCGCACGGCGUCGCGCAGACGGUUCGGGCUGCCGAGCAGCCAGUCAGGCCCGACUUGCUCUUCCAGCGCGUCACGCUGCAGGGCCUGAGCGGGCGGCCGGAGCUUAAUGGGCGGCGCGGUGUCGCUAGGGCAGCCUACCUGAUGAUGGAGUCGAUGUGGCGCGUCUCGCUGCUCGACAUUGAGAGCACGCUGCGCAAGGUCUGCAACAAGGUGCUCGCCGACCAGGCGACAGAGCAGGGCGUGCGCCAGGCGCGCGCGCGUGCGCUGGUGACGCUGGGUCGCGUCUUCAAGGCGCACGGGUCGAUCGAGUCGAUGAAGCGGCUCGACGUACAGAUGCACCUCGAGGGCGUGCAGGCGCGUAUGCAGGAGGAGGCCGAGGCGGCCGCCGCCGCGGCCGCCGAGCGAGCAGCUGGCUGA